AUGUCAAAAGACGAAUAUUUCAAUAAACCUAAUGGUCCUCCACCAAACUACAAUAACAAUCAACAAUCACAACCACAACAAAGUUAUGUACCACAAUCACAACCCAAUUAUUCUCAACAAACUCAAGAUCGAGGAAUGUUUAGUGGUGGUGGUGGACAUCAUCAACAACAACAAGGAUAUAAUGCUUAUGGACCACCACCUCCACAAGGUGGAUAUUAUCAACAACAACCAGGUGGUGGUGGAUAUUAUCAACAACAACAACCUAUGUAUGUUCAACAACAACCACGUUCUGGAGGUAAUGAUUCUUGUUUAAUGGGAUGUCUUGCUGCAUUAUGUGUUUGUUGUACUUUAGAUAUGCUUUUUUAA